CUCAGUGGUCUAAAACACAAAAAAAGAGGCCAGCGCUCAGGUGUAUAAAAGCUGUGAGGUAACACAGGUGGACAUCAGUCGCUCUUCUCUCAGCAUACAGCAGCAUCUGCAGCAGCAGCAGCAACAACCAUCGACAUGUCUGCCACCGAUAUGAACAUGAUGAGCAGGAUCGUCUUCUACGAGGACAGGAACUUCCAGGGUCGUUCCUAUGAGUGCAGCAGUGACUGCGCUGACAUGUCCUCCUACCUGAGCAGGUGCCACUCCUGCAGGGUGGAGAGAGGCUGCUUCAUGGUCUACGACCGCACCAACUUCAUGGGUAACCAGUACUUCAUGAGGAGGGGCGAGUACGCCGACUACAUGAGCAUGAUGGGAAUGAACGACUGCAUCAGGUCCUGCCGUAUGAUCCCCAUGUACCGUGGCUCUUACAGGAUGAGGAUCUACGAGAGGGAGAACUUCGGAGGCCAGAUGUACGAGCUGAUGGACGACUGCGACAACAUCAUGGACCGUUACCGCAUGAGCAACUGCAUGUCCUGCAACGUGAUGGACGGACACUGGCUGAUGUACGAGCAGCCCCACUACAGAGGCAGGAUGAUGUACAUGAGGCCUGGAGAGUACAGGAACUUCAUGAACAUGGGCUACAGCGGCAUGAGGUGGAUGAGCAUGAGGCGCAUCAUGGACUCCUACUAUUGAGUUCCCAU